GUACGUUAGUAAUAACUGUCACUUUUCCUAUUCCUGUGUAUUGGGAAAAUUGAUAACAAUCAUGAUUGCUGAAGACGAUUAUAAAUCAAAAAAAGUGAAGGAAUCAUCUUCUUUAUUGAAGCAGAAAAUGUGUAAGACGCAUGAUUUAAUUAAGCAAUAUACUGACAAAGUGAAAGAAAUUGAUAGUUUGAAAUCAGAUUUGAUGGUUACAAAAAAAGAUGGCAAACAUAUGAAAAUUAACUACCAAUUAAUGCUAGAUGAAACAAAAAAACUUGAACUUCAAAUUGCAGAAGAAAAGAUAGAGAAUGAAAAGUUAUCAAGCAAGUUGAAAGAAUAUGAAGUAAAUAUAGCUGCAGAUAAACAAACUAUACAACAAUUAAAAUAUAAAAUAAAGGAUUUGGAAGAAAAAUGUUCUCAUAAAAUUAUGGAAUAUGAUCUACAAAAGUCUGUUUUUGCAGACAAAAUUAGAGAUUUGGAACAUGAAUUACAAAAAUCAAAAAUGAUGUAUAAAAGAAAGGAGAAAAAAAUUAUAUCCAAUAAUUCUGAUACUUCUAAAUUAAGUAUAGAGGUAAAAUCUAGUUCGGAUAUUGGUAUUAACGUAUCAUUAGGUGUUAAACAACCUGAGGUACAAGAAAAAAACAUCAUGACUGAUGAAUUUUAUAAUAUGAAGGAUGAUCCGUAUCCGUUAUUUUGCGCAAAAUGCGAAUCUCAUUUGUCCUCAGCCAUAACCCCUGAAAAAAUAUGCAAAACAAUGUGCAGAUAUCCAGAAUUAAUUGAGAAAAAUUUUGAUCCACCAUCAAAAAAAAUUCUUUCAUCAUUAAGUUUAGUUCCCAGUACGUGUCCAGAUUCCACAAAUAUAAAUGAAGACUUUAUUCUCUCUAGAUCACUAUCUAUGUCAUGUCUGAAUCCACGUAAUCAAUAUAAUGAUUCAACAAUUGACAAUUGCAAAUCUCAAUCAAUAUCUGCAAUGAUGCAAAAUUGCGAAAAUAACGAAUUAAGAAAUGCGAAUAUUGCAACCAAAGUACUAUCUAAUAAUUUCAGCCCAAUUUCUGGAACAUGUACUUCAUUUCAAUGUACAGAAUGUACAAGAAAACAUUUUUAUUCCAAUAACUUAUUAGUUAAGCACUCUGCUUCUAUCAAAGAGAUAAAAGAACAAAUUCGGUUGUUAGAAAAUAAAAUUAAAAAAUUACAAAGAUUGAAAGAAAAAUCAGAUACCAAUUCUUGUCAUUGUAGUAUGAAUUAUAACAAUAAUGCUUUACUAAAUUCGAAUUUAUUUGCCAUAAUAUGCAAAGGCAUUGCAGAAUAUUAUGAAAAGAAAGAAGCAUGCUCUAAAAAUGAACAAAAUAUCAAUUCAGAGAGAAAUAAGGUAAAGUUGAAAAGACGUCGAUUAAACAAAUUUAAUGAAGAUAAUGCAUCUGUGUGGAAAAUUGAGGACAUUGAUGAAAGAUAUUUACAAGAUGUGCUUUAUAAUAAAUCUGAAGUCAUUACAAAAACGACUGUGUGUGAUACUUUACAAUCUAAGCAUAAAUUAUGCAUAAAUAAGAGUAAUGUAAUGUCGAAUGUAAAUGUGCCCAGUAAGUUCCUUAAUGACACUGAUGACAGAGAGUCUAUUUUCUGCAAAGAGAAUGCAUUAAAUUCGGCAGAAGCAGCGCCUGUUGAAGAUGAUCUAACGACAUCACAUUUAAGUACUGACAAAUUAUAUGACAGUAUUGAGGAAAUAAGCAAUAAUUCAUUAAGUGAAAAUAUGAAAACUAUCGAAACAAAUGACCCGAUAAAAAUAAAAGUUUUAUCAUGUAACAGUGAUAUUAGCAUUGAUACUGAUGAUAGAAUUAUUGAUAUAAUUCCAGAAGAAAAUAAAAUAAAAAGAAAAAGUCAAAAUAAAAGUAAAUUUGGUGAUCGUUUGUUUAAAAAGAUCCGGAACUUGAAGAGGAAGAUGCAAGCAAAUUCACAUGUAAAUAAAGAAGAGAGUAUUGAAUUAUACCCUGACGAUUAUAAACAAACAAAAAAAUUACGGAUUGCACAUGCUCCAAAAAUGUCGAUUUUUCAAUCGAACAACAAUGAAGAAGAUUUUACACAUGGCAUUAUAAAAAAUAUAUCUUUAGAAGCAUUUCAACAAAAGCGUCAUCAACGAUUAAAUGUACAAAUUUGUAAAGAUAAUUCAUUAACUGAGAAUAAAGAAGAUUAUGCAAUAAGUAAGAAAUGUAACGAAACGAAUGUUGAGGAGGAGCAUGAUACCGAAUGUGCAUCUAUAGUAUCGGAAUUUGAUAAACGUGAUGAUGUCUUGAUUGAAAAUAGAAGCAAAGAGAGUAUAUUAAUGGAGGGUAUAAUAGAAGAAGAGAUGUCAAAUAAUUGCGAUGAGCUGGAUGAAUCGCAUAAUAACAUUUCCGAUAACGUGGCUACAGAUAUAAAGCUUGAAAAAUCUAUCCCAGUGAAAACACAAGUCAUUAUCCAGUCGGAAUCUAAUGUUCUCUGUCAAGAUUCGAAGUCUGAUACAUAUAAGUUUACUGAAAAUUUACAAGUAAAAGCGACCAAUGCUAUUGAAAAAGGAACAAAACCAAGUAUUGAAUUACAAUACAUUUGUAAUACAACUAGAGAAAGUUGUGACGAUCAUGAAAUACCAAAGAGUAUGGAUAUAAAUGUAUCUAAUGAAGCUUCUGAACAAUUUUUACAGAGAGAUAGUGAAAUCAUUGUUGAAAAUUAUGUAGAUGACAAUGAUGUACACAAAUCUCUCAACAGUAAAAAUACAUUAGGCAAGCAAGGAGAGAUGCAUGUUAAUGAUGAAAUAACUGAGAUACAAGCUAUCGAAAUUCGGAAAGAAAAUGCAUGCACGAAUCAACAAGACAAAAAAAUGGAACUUAUUAACUAUAUCCCCCAUGAUGAUAUUGAAGAAUUUCAAACACCAAUGUCUUUAUUAAAUAAUUAUAUUAACAACCAAUGUACCAAUUAUAAGCUGUCAAAGAAGAAGACAUCCUAUCAUAAAAUUACAGACAAGUUUGUGAAGAAGCAAUUGAAAAGACUUAUAAAUAAUGCCUGGGAAGAUUCUUCUGUACAUUACGAUAUAAUACAAAAAUUAGAAAAUACGCAAUGUGGACCGCGCAUUAUAGCCAAAUGCAUAGUUGAAUUUUUGUUGGAGAAUGUCAAACAUGACGAACCUCUGGAUAAGUCAUUCACUCCUCCAGCACCAUUGAUGACAAUAUUUGAGCAGAGACUUACGGCGUUAUUAAUCGAUUUAGAAGUAUCGAAACCAACGGUUGUUCAUUAUGUACAAGUUGCUAUUGAACAUAAGCUGUUCAAACUCAAUAGUAAAGCAAAGACACAUGCGAAUUUACUCACACGGAUGUAUCUCAUCCUGUCACGUAUACAGAAAGACAGGGCGAGAGUACGCAUAAUGUGCUGCAAUGCUCUCUAUUGCAUGAAUCUUAUGUCGAUAAAUGUUUUAUACACGAUAUUAACGUCCUGGCCUGAAGUACUUCCCAAUGCUGAGAUUAACAAAGAAAUAUUGCCAAAGUGUAUAGCCUUUCUUAUAUUCACGCAACAAAUCGAGAAACACAACGCAUCAGCAAAAUUAUUAAAGAAAUUACGUGCAUUAAAGAAUUUAAUAUUAUCAUUUUAUAAAUAUUCUUAUACCACAGAAGCAAGAAAUGAUACGUUUGUUAAAGAGCUCAUGAUUCUUCUCAAAACUCAACGGUGUAAUGGUUUAGAUACAGCCAUUAUUCUUGUUGCAAAGAGAAAAGGAUCAUCUUGGACAUAUAAAGAUAUCAUUCAAUCUGAUCUAUUGCCAAUGAUCAUCAACUAUGAACAUCCUUGUAUAUAUAGUGCAUUUUCUCUACUCGGAAGGCUUAUGCGCUCAUUUCCAUUAGAAGAUAAAGACAAUAUUGUGCAGGAACUUAGUGAACAGCUCCGCGAUCUUAUCCAAUCUGACGAAGGUACACACGAUCAACAAGAAGGCGUAAUAUCUGCAUUGCUCAGUCUUUCUAGACAUAAAUUCAAUGUUAUUGUGUCAUCUAUAUUAAGAUGGACGCCAAAUGAAUCUUUAAGAUGGGUUGUCGUUGCACAAUUACAAGCGUUUAUAAAUACGCGUAAUAAAACAUUUUGGAAAAAUUACUUACAGCGUAUGGAAUCAAAGUAAAAUAUGCUAUGCCAAUUAAUAAAUAUAUUAAAUGAUAGGCUGACAUUUCUAUCUUUCAGUGAUUAUUGUAAUUUGCUUUACAACUAUUAAGGAAAAGUACAAUGAGAAACAAUAUUAUAAGAAUGUAUUGCAAUUAUAUUAUAACACUAUUAUUUAAAAUUUUCAUUUGUU